AAAAUGGACCAGGACGGGAACAUGAGCGUCUCCAAAAAAUCUGUAAUUGCGAAGAUUUUCAAAGUUCGCAAGAGGCGAGAGAUGCUUUUCGUACAAGUAUGCUUCAUCUGCAGUGUCCUCUUCGUGGCAUGGUGCAUGUCAGCACUCCUGACGAAGGCAGGACAUGGCAUGAUUGCGGAGGGAGGGGUGGACAUGGAUGACCACUGGGGCCGAAGGUUGAUGGCCUCGGUGCCUGAAAAUGAAACGGCGGAGAAAAACUGCACUGAGCCAGCUGUCCACGAGUUUCCUGAAGAUGUUUUCACCAAUGCUGAACGCAAGAAGGGUGCAGUCCUCCUGCAUAUACUCGCAGCCCUCUAUAUGUUUCUGGCCCUGGCCAUUGUGUGCGAUGACUUUUUUGUAACGUCCCUGGAGAAGAUCUGUGAGAAAUUAGAUUUGAGUGAGGAUGUUGCUGGAGCCACCUUCAUGGCAGCGGGAAGCUCAGCCCCAGAGCUCUUUGCCUCAGUCAUUGGUGUCUUCAUCACUCACGGCGACGUGGGGGUAGGAACCAUUGUUGGCUCGGCAGUCUUUAACAUUCUCUGCAUUAUAGGAGUUUGCGGCAUCUUUGCCGGACAGGUGGUAUUGUUGACCUGGUGGGCUGUUUUCAGAGAUUCUUUCUACUACAUUAUGUCUGUGGUGGCGUUGAUUGUGUUCAUCUAUGAUGAAAAGAUUGUUUGGUGGGAGAGUCUAGUGUUGGUGGUCAUGUAUAUGGGAUACAUACUGAUAAUGAAAUUUAACACGAGCAUGCAGAAAUUCUUUACAAGGAAACAGGACAAGAACGUUGCCAAUGGUAACGCGACAAGUGGCAAUGAGUUGGAGGAUGGUAAUGAAUGUUUUGACAGUGUUUUGGAUGACCCAACAUUACCAUUGCUAGAGCCAGUCAAGCCCAGCAAGGCAUAUAGCCGAGGAUCAGUGGUCAUGGUGGAUGAGAUCAUCAAUGCCAGUCCUCCAAACUACCGUUUCCCAGAGGCAAGCCUUCGUGUCAUGGUCACUAACCAUUUUGGACCCAAGACUCGUCUACGUAUGGCCAGUCGCCUCAUAAUCACAGAGCGUCAGAAGCUGGUUCAGGGAGCCAAUGGGGUGGAGACAGCUGUGGUGGAUGGGAAACCUGACAUUGAGAAUGGGAAUGUGCCAGAGGACAAGCCCAGCGAAGAGGAGGAUGGAGAGAUAAACUCGCCUUUCGUCAUACCACGAGGUGUGUUGAAUAAGAUCAAAUGGCUGAUUUCCUGGCCCCUGUUGCUACUUCUCUUCUUCACCAUUCCCAACUGUGCCAAGCCCCGCUGGGAGAAAUACUUCAUGCUCUCCUUCCUUCUCUCCACUGUCUGGAUUGCUGUCUUCUCCUACUUCAUGGUGUGGAUGGUGACCAUUAUCGGGUACACACUUGGCAUUCCUGAUGUCAUUAUGGGCAUCACUUUCCUGGCAGCGGGCACCAGCGUCCCAGACUGCAUCGCCAGCCUUAUUGUGGCGCGACAAGGUCUUGGGGACAUGGCAGUUUCUAACACGAUCGGCAGCAAUGUGUUUGACAUCCUGGUGGGGCUGGGACUCCCAUGGGCUCUACAGACGAUUGCCAUUGACUAUGGCUCAGAGGUCAUGAUUAACAGCCGAGGGCUGGUGUAUUCAGUGGUGCUGCUGCUUGGGUCGGUGGCUCUUACUAUUCUUGGCAUCCAUGUAAACAAGUGGAAACUGGAUAUGAAGUUGGGCGUGUACGUGCUCUUGCUGUAUGCCGUCUUCCUCUGCUUCUCCAUCAUGAUCGAAUACAAUGUCUUCACCUUCGUCAAUUUGCCCAUGUGCCAGGAGGACCACUAG